GGAUAUUAACUCGAGGCACGGCUACGAGGCAGCCGAGGUGCUCGCUAUCUAUAAUCCCCAAGAUGAAUGGAUUGGGGACUCGUCACGAUGCGGAGUUCCUCCAUACACGUUGGCUGGAGCCGAGAUGCAUUUGUUUUCGCGCUCCUUCCACGUGGACGUCCUAUGGAAAUCUGCAAAAGAGCAGUUGGCGCUGAUCAGGCGGAAAUACGAAGUUGAUAACCUGCUAGAGGAUAUGCAGGUUGAAGCAGAGGAGGCGAGAACGCCUCCAAGCCCGAACCACCCGACGUGGUGGUACUACAGUAUCCGGAGAGAUCUUCUCCACCGGCACAACUGGUGGUAC